CAGAAGCAGCAUGGCAGCUGGGGGCAGGAAUUUCGGUCAGUUCAUUGGGUGGUGUAAUUCAAAGGGUCCAGUAGAGCUGGUGGGCCUGAUCACAGAAGAACACAUUUUCAAUUGGUGGUUUGUGUUCUUAAGUAGAUACAGGAAUUUGGAUAAUUCUUUUUUUUUUUUUUUGAUAAUUCUUAAUGAAGCUAAGCUUUCUGCAGGAUUUUUCCCUAAAUAGUGUUAUAUUCUUUUAAUUGCAUACUUUGGCAGCAAUUGCUUGGACUGAAGUAGCUUGGGAGAGAAGGCACUUCAAAAAACCAAAUUUCUUUCAAGAUUUCUUUCGUUUCCAGACUUCUAUACACUUGAUUGAGUGCCCUGUGUUACCCAGUAACUCAGCUGUAUCAUCGACUAAUGUAUGGCAGUAAGAUUGUUAUUCCUAGUUUGGAAAUUUUUUAAAAAUUCCCUAUCAUUAAUUAACUCUACUUAAGUCACUUUAUAAGAAAUGAGCUUCUCUUUGCAAGCAAACCCCCAUUACUCCUCUUCUUGUUCCUUCCACUUUUGACCCACUUUUGAAAUAAAAAAGAAAGCCAUUGCUUUUGCUGAGGCAUUUGUGUAACUCUACAAAGCUCUGAGAAAAUCCUCAUUUUGUGAGAAAUUUUAUUUUUUUCUUUUGUCACAUUUUAAUUUCCUGUGAUUGAAAAACCAAGUUAAAUUACCAUGCUUGAUGGUAUUUUAACAUUACCUGUAUUACCUGUACAUUUAAGUACAAAAUAUUGGAACUGGCUUUUCACAGGAUGAUAGGCAGGAGUUUGCUUUCAGGUAAAACCAAGAGGAUCUAUGUCUUUUUGAGGAGUUGUGUCCAGUUUUCAUUUCCUCUUGAACUGUCGAUUUGGCCUGGGGAGGCUGCACCAUUUAAUUUUGAGAAUUCACAAGGAGCUGGUGACUGAGGCUGCUUUACCCAGAAGCAUAUUGGCAGAAUACAGGCAGACACAGGAGCCUGAAGAAUGAUGAAAAUGGAAACUGCUCAGGGGAAGGAAUUGAAUUCCCUACAACAAACUUAUAUGAACUGGAAAGCCGUGUUUUGACUGAUCAUUGGUCCAUCCCUUACAAGAGAGAAGAAUCACUAGGCAAAUGCUUGUUGGCGUCUACCUACCUUGCAAGACUUGGUCUUUCCGAGUCUGAUGAGAAUUGUAAAAGAUUUAUGGAUAGGUGUAUGCCUGAAGCAUUUAAAAAGCUCCUAACAUCAAGUGCUGUUCACAAGUGGGGUACUGAAAUUCAUGAAGGGAUCUACAACAUGUUGAUGCUUUUAAUAGAACUGGUUGCAGAGAGAAUAAAACAAGAUCCAAUUCCCAUUGGUCUCCUGGGUGUGCUUACAAUGGCUUUCAAUCCUGAUAAUGAAUACCAUUUUAAAAACAGAAUGAAAGUGUCUCAAAGGAAUUGGGCAGAAGUGUUCGGAGAGGGAAACAUGUUUGCUAUCUCACCUGUAUCUACUUUCCAAAAGGAACCUCAUGGAUGGGUUGUGGAUUUGGUAAACAAGUUUGGAGAAUUGGGUGGAUUUGCAGCAAUUCAAGCUAAGCUCCGUUCAGAAGAUAUAGAACUUGGGGCAGUCUCAGCAUUGGUGCAGCCCUUAGGGGUGUGUGCAGAGUACCUCAAUUCCUCAGUGGUUCAGCCUAUGCUAGACCCGGUCAUCCUUACUACAAUCCAGGAUGUGCGGAGUGUGGAGGAAAAGGACCUCAAAGACAAGAGAUUGGUUAGUAUCCCUGAGCUCUUAUCUGCCAUCAAGUUACUUUGCAUGCGCUUCCAACCAGAACUGGUGACCGUAGUGGACGACCUUCGAUUAGACAUCCUACUGCGCAUGCUGAAAUCACCCCAUUUUAGCGCUAAAAUGAAUUCCCUCAAAGAAGUAACCAAACUAAUAGAAGAUAGCACUUUAUCCAAAUCUGUGAAGAAUGCUAUAGAUACAGACAGAUUGUUAGAUUGGCUAGUUGAAAACUCAGUUCUGUCAAUUGCACUGGAAGGCAACAUAGACCAAGCGCAGUACUGUGAUCGUAUAAAGGGAAUUAUUGAACUCUUGGGCAGUAAAUUAUCUUUAGAUGAACUCACUAAAAUUUGGAAGAUACAGUCAGGACAAUCAUCUACUGUGAUCGAGAAUAUUCAUACUAUUAUUGCUGCAGCAGCUGUCAAGUUUAAUUCAGAUCAGCUCAAUCAUUUGUUUGUUCUCAUUCAGAAGAGCUGGGAGAUUGAGAGCGAUCGAGUAAGACAGAAGCUAUUGAGCCUGAUUGGACGGAUAGGCCGGGAAGCUCGCUUUGAGACCACUUCUGGAAAGGUGUUAGAUGUACUCUGGGAACUGGCUCAUCUUCCAACACUGCCCAGCAGCCUCAUUCAGCAAGCUUUGGAUGAACACCUGACAAUCCUUAGUGACGCAUAUGCAGUGAAAGAAGCGAUCAAGAGGAGCUACAUCAUCAAGUGCAUAGAAGAUAUUAAAAGGCCUGGAGAAUGGUCAGGUUUGGAAAAAAAGAAGGAUGGAUUCAAGGUGCUUGAUUCAGAUGUGUUCCUAAAGUACCUCCUUAGACAAACAGUGAAUGGGCAGCAAGGUGGGCUGACUGGGGAUUAUGUCUCCCUGCCAGGCUCCACAGAAACUAAGCAAAGGUCAUCUCAACUUAACAAUCCCCAGUUUGUAUGGGUGGUACCAGCUUUGCGUCAGCUCCAUGAAAUCACCCGUUCAUUCAUAAAACAAACCUAUCAAAAGCAAGACAAGAGCAUUAUUCAAGACUUGAAGAAAAAUUUUGAAAUAGUGAAAUUGGUAACGGGAAGUUUGAUAGCCUGUCAUCGGCUUGCAGCAGCCAUGGCUGGACCUGGAGGCUUGACUGGUUCAACACUAGUGGAUGGCCGAUACACUUACCGGGAGUAUUUAGAAGCCCAUCUAAAAUUUCUGGCAUUUUUCUUGCAAGAAGCUACUCUGUAUUUGGGUUGGAAUCGUGCCAAGGAAAUCUGGGAGUGUCUUGUGACUGGCCAGGAUGUUUGUGAAUUAGAUAGAGAGAUGUGUUUUGAAUGGUUUACAAAAGGGCAACAUGACCUUGAGAGUGAUGUUCAGCAGCAGCUCUUCAAGGAGAAGAUUCUUAAAUUGGAAUCAUAUGAAAUCACUAUGAAUGGUUUUAACUUAUUUAAGACUUUUUUUGAAAAUGUGAAUCUCUGUGAUCAUCGAUUGAAAAGACAAGGAGCUCAGUUGUAUGUAGAAAAGCUGGAAUUGAUAGGAAUGGAUUUCAUUUGGAAAAUAGCCAUGGAAUCACCUGAUGAAGAAAUUGCAAAUGAAGCUAUUCAAUUAAUCAUAAACUAUAGUUACAUUAAUCUAAAUCCUAGGUUAAAGAAGGAUUCUGUAUCAUUGCAUAAGAAAUUCAUUGCUGAUUGCUAUACAAGAUUAGAAGCAGCCAGUUCAGCACUUGGCGGCCCCACUCUAACACAUGCUGUGACCAGAGCAACAAAAAUGCUUACAGCAACUGCCAUGCCAACUGUAGCAACAUCAGUUCAGUCUCCAUAUAGAUCCACUAAACUUGUAAUCAUUGAGAGAUUGCUGCUUCUGGCAGAACGCUAUGUGAUCACUAUAGAGGAUUUUUACUCUGUUCUACGAACUAUUCUACCUCAUGGUGCCUCAUUUCAUGGACAUCUUCUAACGCUUAAUGUUACUUAUGAGUCUACCAAAGAUACCUUUACUGUAGAGGCUCACAGUAAUGAAACCAUAGGGAGUGUCCGGUGGAAGAUAGCCAAGCAGUUGUGCUGUCCUGUGGAUAAUAUACAGAUAUUUACAAAUGAUAGUCUGCUGACAGUAAAUAAAGAUCAAAAGUUACUCCACCAGCUGGGCUUUUCUGAUGAACAGAUGCUUACGGUGAAAACUUCAGGCAGCGGGACCCCAUCCGGGAGCUCCGCAGAUUCCUCCACCAGCUCCAGCAGCAGCAGCAGUGGAGUUUUUAGUUCAUCAUAUGCCAUGGAGCAGGAGAAAUCCCUUCCUGGUGUUGUGAUGGCACUUGUGUGUAAUGUAUUUGACAUGCUUUACCAGCUUGCCAAUCUAGAGGAGCCAAGGAUAACUCUACGAGUACGGAAGCUUCUGCUCUUAAUACCCACUGAUCCAGCCAUUCAGGAAGCCCUUGACCAACUGGAUUCUUUAGGAAGAAAGAAAACAUUGCUGUCUGAAACAAGCUCUCAGUCUUCAAAAUCUCCAUCCCUCUCUUCAAAGCAGCAGCACCAGCCAAGUGCCAGCUCAAUUCUAGAGAGUCUCUUUCGAUCUUUUGCUCCAGGAAUGUCCACCUUUCGAGUGCUUUACAACUUAGAAGUUCUAAGCUCCAAACUCAUGCCAACAGCUGAUGAUGACAUGGCAAGAAACUGUGCAAAAUCCUUCUGUGAGAACUUCCUCAAAGCAGGAGGUUUGAGUUUGGUUGUAAAUGUCAUGCAGAGGGACUCCAUCCCAUCAGAAGUCGACUAUGAAACAAGGCAGGGAGUUUAUUCUAUCUGUCUACAACUUGCAAGAUUUUUACUUGUUGGACAAACAAUGCCCACGUUAUUAGAUGAAGACAUUGCCAAAGAUGGUAUAGAGGCACUUUCUUCUCGCCCAUUCCGAAACGUUAGCCGGCAGACCAGCAGGCAGAUGUCCCUAUGUGGUACCCCAGAAAAGUCGUCCUACCGACAGUUGUCAGUGUCUGAUAGGUCUUCUAUUAGGGUGGAGGAAAUCAUUCCUGCUGCACGAGUUGCAAUACAAACAAUGGAAGUAAAUGAUUUCACUUCCACUGUGGCUUGUUUCAUGAGACUGUCGUGGGCUGCUGCUGCAGGACGACUUGACCUUGUUGGGAGUAGCCAACCAAUAAAAGAAAGUAAUUCUCUGUUUCCUGCUGGAAUUCGAAACAGGCUCAGCAGUUCAGGAAGCAAUUGCAGCUCUGGAAGUGAAGGAGAGCCAGUCGCCCUGCACGCAGGCAUCUGUGUGCGCCAGCAGUCCGUGUCCACCAAAGACUCCCUGAUUGCUGGCGAGGCUCUGUCUCUCCUGGUUACCUGCCUACAGCUUCGGAGCCAACAGCUGGCAUCUUUCUAUAACUUGCCCUGUGUUGCUGAUUUUAUCAUCGAUAUUCUGCUUGGAUCGCCAAGUGCUGAGAUUCGCCGUGUUGCCUGUGAUCAACUGUAUACUCUUAGUCAGACAGAUACUUCAACUCAUCCAGAUGUACAGAAGCCAAAUCAGUUUCUUCUAGGCGUGAUUCUCACAGCUCAGCUGCCUCUCUGGUCUCCAACUAGUAUUAUGAGAGGAGUCAAUCAGAGACUGUUGUCUCAGUGUAUGGAAUAUUUUGACCUGAGGUGCCAAUUAUUAGAUGAUCUGACAACUUCAGAAAUGGAGCAGUUAAGAAUCAGCCCAGCUACCAUGCUUGAAGAUGAGAUUACUUGGCUGGAUAACUUUGAACCUAAUCGCACAGCAGAAUGUGAGACCAGUGAAGCAGACAACAUCUUAUUGGCAGGACACUUACGGCUCAUUAAGACCCUUCUUUCACUCUGUGGGGCAGAAAAAGAAAUGCUUGGUUCAUCACUCAUUAAACCAUUGUUAGAUGACUUCCUUUUCCGAGCUUCUAGAAUUAUUUUAAAUAGUCAUUCUCCAGCUGGCAGUGCCGCCAUCAGUCAACAGGACUUUCAUCCAAAGUGUAGUACAGUGAAUAGCCGAUUGGCAGCCUAUGAAGUCCUUGUAAUGUUGGCUGAUAGCUCACCUUCAAAUCUUCAAAUUAUUACAAAAGAACUACUUUCCAUGCAUCAUCAACCGGACCCUGCUCUUACCAAGGAGUUUGAUUACCUCCCCCCCGUGGACAGCAGGUCCAGUGCAGGGUUUGUGGGUCUGAGGAAUGGUGGCGCCACAUGUUACAUGAACGCCGUCUUCCAGCAGCUGUACAUGCAGCCCGGUCUCCCUGAGGCGUUACUUUCAGUGGAUGACGACACUGACAAUCCAGAUGAUAGUGUAUUCUACCAAGUGCAGUCUCUGUUUGGGCAUUUGAUGGAAAGCAAGCUGCAGUAUUAUGUACCUGAGAAUUUUUGGAAGAUUUUCAAAAUGUGGAACAAAGAACUUUAUGUGAGAGAACAACAGGAUGCAUAUGAGUUCUUCACUAGCCUCAUUGAUCAGAUGGAUGAAUAUCUCAAGAAAAUGGGAAGAGACCAAAUUUUUAAGAAUACUUUUCAAGGCAUCUAUUCUGAUCAGAAAAUCUGUAAAGACUGUCCUCACAGAUAUGAGCGAGAGGAAGCUUUCAUGGCUCUCAAUCUAGGAGUUACUUCCUGUCAGAGUUUGGAAAUUUCUUUGGACCAGUUUGUUAGAGGAGAAGUUCUAGAGGGAAGUAAUGCCUAUUACUGUGAAAAGUGUAAAGAAAAGAGAAUAACAGUCAAAAGGACCUGUAUUAAGUCUUUACCUAGUGUCUUGGUCAUUCACCUAAUGAGAUUCGGAUUUGACUGGGAAAGUGGACGCUCCAUUAAAUAUGAUGAACAGAUAAAGUUUCCCUGGAUGCUAAACAUGGAGCCGUACACAGUUUCAGGAAUGGCUCGCCAAGAUUCAUCUUCUGAAGUUGGUGAAAAUGGACGAAGUAUGGAUCAGGGAGGUGGAGGGUCUCCACGAAAGAAAGUUGCCCUCACAGAAAACUAUGAACUUGUCGGUGUCAUCGUACACAGUGGGCAGGCACAUGCGGGCCACUACUAUUCCUUCAUUAAGGAUAGGCGGGGAUGUGGAAAAGGAAAGUGGUAUAAAUUUAAUGACACCGUUAUAGAAGAAUUUGACCUAAAUGAUGAGACCCUGGAAUAUGAAUGCUUUGGAGGAGAAUAUAGACCAAAAGUUUAUGAUCAAACAAAUCCAUAUACUGAUGUUCGCCGAAGAUACUGGAAUGCCUAUAUGCUCUUCUACCAACGGGUAUCUGAUCAGAACUCGCCAGUCUUACCAAAGAAAAGUCGAGUCAGCGUUGUGCGGCAGGAAGCUGAGGAUCUCUCUCUAUCAGCACCUUCUUCACCAGAAAUUUCACCUCAGUCAUCCCCUAGGCCCCAUAGGCCUAACAAUGACCGGCUCUCUAUUCUAACCAAACUGGUUAAAAAAGGAGAGAAGAAAGGACUGUUUGUGGAGAAAAUGCCUGUUCGAAUAUAUCAGAUGGUGAGAGAUGAAAACCUCAAGUUUAUGAAGAAUAGAGAUGUGUACAGUAGUGAUUAUUUCAGUUUUGUGUUGUCUUUAGCAUCAUUGAAUGCUACUAAAUUAAAGCAUCCAUACUAUCCUUGCAUGGCAAAGGUAAGCCUACAGCUUGCCAUUCAAUUCCUUUUUCAAACUUAUCUACGGACAAAGAAAAAACUCAGGGUUGACACUGAAGAAUGGAUUGCCACUAUUGAAGCAUUACUUUCAAAAAGUUUUGAUGCUUGUCAGUGGCUAGUUGAAUAUUUUAUUGGUUCUGAAGGACGAGAAUUGAUAAAGAUAUUCUUGCUGGAGUGCAAUGUGAGAGAAGUGCGAGUCGCUGUGGCCACCAUUCUGGAGAAAACCCUGGACAGUGCCUUGUUUUAUCAGGACAAGUUAAAAAGCCUUCACCAGUUACUGGAGGUACUACUUGCUCUGUUGGAUAAAGAUGUCCCAGAAAAUUGUAAAAACUGUGCUCAGUACUUUUUCCUGUUCAACACUUUUGUACAAAAGCAAGGUAUUAGGGCUGGAGACCUCCUCCUGCGGCAUUCAGCUCUGCGACACAUGAUCAGCUUUCUCCUGGGGGCCAGUCGCCAGAACAAUCAGAUACGGCGAUGGAGUUCCGCACAAGCACGAGAAUUUGGGAAUCUUCACAACACAGUGGCAUUACUUGUUUUGUAUUCAGAUGUCUCUUCCCAGAGGAAUGUUGCUCCUGGGGUAUUUAAACAACGGCCACCUAUCAGCAUUGCUCCUUCAAGCCCUCUGCUGCCCCUCCACGAGGAAGUAGAAGCCUUGUUGUUCUUGUCUGAAGGAAAACCUUACCUGUUGGAGGUGAUGUUUGCUCUGCGUGAGCUGACGGGUUCGCUCCUGGCGCUCAUGGAGAUGGUGGUGUACUGCUGCUUCUGCAACGAGCACUUCUCCUUCACUAUGCUGCACUUCAUUAAGAACCAACUAGAAACAGCUCCACCCCACGAGUUAAAGAAUACCUUCCAACUACUGCAUGAGAUACUGGUAAUUGAAGAUCCCAUACAAGUAGAGCGAGUCAAAUUUGUGUUUGAGACAGAAAAUGGACUACUAGCUCUGAUGCACCACAGUAAUCAUGUGGACAGCAGUCGCUGCUACCAAUGUGUCAAAUUUCUGGUAACUCUUGCUCAAAAGUGUCCCGCUGCUAAAGAGUACUUCAAGGAGAACUCCCACCACUGGAGCUGGGCUGUGCAGUGGCUGCAGAAGAAGAUGUCAGAACAUUAUUGGACACCGCAAAGCAAUGUCUCUAAUGAAACAUCAACUGGAAAGACUUUUCAGCGGACGAUUUCAGCUCAGGACACACUAGCGUAUGCCACCGCUUUGCUGAAUGAGAAAGAACAGUCAGGGAGCAGCAACGGGUCGGAGAGCAGCCCCGCGAAUGAGAACGGAGACAGGCACCUACAACAGGGUUCAGAAUCGCCUAUGAUGAUUGGCGAGUUAAGAAGUGACCUUGACGACGUGGAUCCCUAGAGGAGCGUGUCCGGCACACGAUGGGGAGUCACAUCGCAGUUACUGGAUGCUCAGCACCUGUUUGAACCCUUUAGAAGAACCUGGAAGUGGGCGGGAAGAGCCUGCCACGGCCUGAGGAGCGUGUGUGAGGAAAGCACUGUGGCCAGGAGUGGGGCUCUUUUGCAGGGGGAGAGCGCCGGCCUGUGGAUCAGCUGCCCCGAGGCAGAUCCGCAUGUGGGUUAACAUUUCUGUGGCGAUUUUACGAAAUAAACUGUGACAGACUUUUGUUACAUGAACAUACAACAGUGAGUGAGGGUAAAGCUGUGGCUUUCUCUACGAUGCUAUAGAAGAAAUUCUUUUGGUUUUUAUUUUUAUUUUUUUAAAGAAAUCUGCCUUUAGCUGUGUGGGGGCAAAUUUUUAAUCUUGUAGUAACAUUGAUUAGGGAUAUCAAAUUUAAGGUUAUGUAAAGAUAUGUGAUAAAAUUCCUUUCAUUGUAAAAUAGUAAAGAAUUCCGUUUACACAGACCUUUGUAUUUAAUAUGUCUCCCUAUUUGUACAGAAUUGCAGAUGGGUUUGGAUGAGAGCCCUGGGCUUAAACUUGGAUCUUGAUGAAAUAUUACCAGGAUUGAAAAUUGGGAGGUUAUUAAGCUAUUCAAGGUCUUUUUCCUGAUAUAAUUGAAGUGCUGUUCCCCAGGGCGCAUUCUUGACAUCAGUCACUAAAGAAAUCGUAAGUUAUUCCCAAAAUAAAGUUUAAAAACAGCAAAAUAAGAAGCACUUUAAGGUAUAAUUUUAUUGAGUUUAACUUCAUGAAAUCAUCUUUUUAAUGCUUGGAGACAUAUUGAAUAAACUAGUCUUAAAUCAUGUGAUCUGCAAUCAUUUAUUUGCUUUGGAUUAAAACAGUUACUGAAACCCUGGGUACUGGUUGUAUAUGAAGUUAAAUAUUUGAAUUGAGGAAUCUUUGUGAGUUUCUAAUCAUUUUAAUGCAGACAAGGAAUUUGAGACUGUUUCUCUUCAACUUGAGUGAUUAACACUGAAAAGAUAGGAGCAGGUUUUAUUUUCCCAGAAAUAACUAGGAAGCAGUUGAACAAGCAUCAUUUAGUUGGAAUUCCCAAGUGUAACACCAUUCGGGUGCCAGCUCCCCUUUGUCCCAGGGUGGGGUUGCAUAUUUAACAUUCUAUGUAUUUUGUACAUUUUGUAUUUUGAGUUGCUACACAGAUUUUCCGACCCUGUUUUGCCGUUAGCUACAUGUUCUACCUUGUCUUCAACUCACCAUGCGCAGAACUAGGGGAGCCUUAGGAAGCGCCAGGUUGCCGCUGUUAGAUUUGCCAAGUCAGAGAGGUGUGUCCAGCCCCAAGUGCCUUUGGUGGCUUCUGCAUCAUGUGACACGUGGCCGGACAGUCAGCUCUUCACUCUGCACUGUCAGCCCAGUCACGGCACUGCGGCCGACGGAGGUACUGUGCAGCCAGGCCAGUGUGUGACCCUGCACCUGCCUAAAGCUGCUGCUGACAGCUGGUAGAUGGAGGAGCCGGCUUUUAAGAGCAGAACUGUGCCCUGGCCGGCUUGGCUCAGUGGAUAGAGCGUCAGCCUGCGGACUGAAGUGUCCCAGGUUCGAUUCCGGCCAAGGGCACAUACCUGGAUUGUGGGCUCAGUCCCCAGUAGGGGGCGUGCAGGAGGCAGCUGAUCGGUGAUUCUCUCUCAUCAUUGAUGUUUCUAUCUCUCUCUCCUCCCUUCCUCUCUGAAAUCAAUAAAGAAAUAUAUUUUAAAAAAAAAAAAAGGACUGUGCCCUCAGAAAAAUGGUCAGAGGCAGUUUUAUAUGUUUCUGAUGUUCUUGCAAUUUUGAAUGUGAUGUUUUAAAACUGAUUUUGAGUAUGUGACUAUUCCAUACCCUACUGUCUUCCUUACCCUGCCCUCCCCCUUCUCCACCGCCAUCCUCACAGAAAGACUGUGGGACAUGACAUUGACAUGCCGGUGGUGAGAUGUGUGGUGACAUCAUCGCCGGCAGCUGCACUCAGGAGCCCAAAUUCAGGAGUGAAAUCGCCACUUCUAGUCCCUUAUUUCCUAUGGAAACAACGCCUUCCGCACCCCAGCACCUGCUGUCCUCACUGUAAUGCUUCGUCAGGACCGCAUCAAGAUCAUGUCACACGCUCUGUUCAUUUUGCUCUUGUUGCUGCAAUGACUGCCCCUUCCACGUAGCCAGUAACCACUUGAUUGCCAACGGCUGCAGCCUGCAAACCUGCUGAUGACUUUUUUAAUAUACAACAAAGCGACAAUGUGACGGGCUACCUUGGAAGAGUUGUCGUUUUUAUUGCCAACUUUUUUGGAUGAAGACGUUUUUAUAAAUCUUUCAAAAAGUAGGAAUUGCACAACUGACUCAAUGCUGUGUGUCCUCAAGAAGCUCCCCUGGCGAGGCCCACUGUCGAUGCUGCGUCGCACCAGAGGCAUUCUGGGAGGAAACAGAUGAGCAUCCCAGUGGGGAUGCCCGUGGGCUUCCCUCAAGGUCCCUGGCAGCAAGGACGAGUGGUAGGACCUGGAGGCCAUGUCCUGGCAAUUGCCCUGUCUUGCCCCCCUCACCCCCUGCUAACAUUGAGGUGUGUGCAGUUACCUUCUGAGCUGGAACCAGCAGACUGGAAUUGUCCUCUGCUACCUCCUGUGUACAGGAUCUUGUUUAUAAAUGUCAAAAGGAAGUAGAUGAACAGGGAAGAAUCUUACUUCUAACUGUGGCUCAUGAGUGGCAGAGUUCUUAGCUUCUAAGGGUAUAAAAUAAAUUUUUCAAAAAUGGA